AUGCCGCGCGCGACACGAGAAGAAUCCAAUCACAAACGCCAUCGCUCGCACCGCUCUCGGUCGCCCCGACGCGAAGACGACAGCCACCGACAUAAACGGCGGUCGCGCUCACCUGCAAAGCCCGUCGAGCUACCGUACAAUGCAAAGCCGCUGUCCAGGCGCCAGUAUGACGAGUACCGACCAAUGUUCCAGUCGUAUCUGGAUAUACAAAAGCAGAUACAGCUAGAUGAUUUGGACGAGCGCGAGGCAAAGGGGCGGUGGAAGAGCUUUGUCAGUCGAUGGAAUCACGGCGAACUUGCACGAAGCUGGUACGACCCAUCCAUGCUCAAAUCGGCACAGGAAACGGUGCAGUCGUACCGCAGAGAGUCGCCCAGUUACGCCCCGCGAGACGGAGACGAGAGCGAGGAAGAGUUUGGCCCGGCGCCGCCCAAUCUAGCACGACACUCGGGUCACGGGCCGACGAUACCCAAACUCGACGACCUGGCCUAUCGCAACGAGCUGCAGGAGGAAGAUCGAGCUCGGGGACAAUCGGAUUACAUGGACGGCCUCCGCUAUUCGCGCAAAGUCGACCGCAAGGUACAAAACGAACGGCUGGAAGAGCUGGUUCCGCGCGCCGACCCCGGCAGCCGUGAGCGCCAGCUGGAAAAGAAGCGCGAGACAACAUCUACACUACAGUCGUUCCGCGACGCCAAAGAGUCUGGAGACGUCGACGUGCCGGAAUCAGACCUCAUGGGCGACGACGGUAUUGACAAUUACAAGAAGAAGAAGCGGGAGCAGGAGCGGCAGAAGAAUGAGAGGGAGAUACGGCGCGAGGAGAUUGCGCGGGCGAGGGAGGCGGAGAGACAUGAACGAUUGGCGGAAAGAAGAGAAAAGGAAAGCAAGACGAUGGAGUUUUUGAAGCAGAUUGCCAAGGAGAGGUUUGGAUAG